AUGUAUUAUUUUAAUAUUUUCGGGUCUUAUGCGCAAAAAAACAACCGAGGCACUUUAUCAUCUUCCCGAAGCGACACCCAACCAGGCACAGGGGAGGAGAUUUUCCUUAUCCUCCUGAUGCCGCUUCUAAUGCGUCUCUCCCCACCGGCGGCGGCGCCGUCGCCGCAGUACCGGCGAAGCCACGGAGGUUCUACCACGAGAUUAAACGCCGUACUCCCCGAGACCUCAGAGCGAAUGUUUCUUGUAGCUAGACAUGCCUCAUCGUCGACUGAUGCGGUGCGUCCUAGGAGCGACAACUUUGAUAUAGCUAAUGGACAUGGUCAUUUCCUUAUCAAGUCUACAUCUGAUCUUCAGGAAGCUGUAUCUUCUUGUUUCGGGAAAGCAUUGGUGACCAGCAGUGCUGUCAUGCUUGCGAUGCCACCCAGUUGCUUGGCAGAAGAAUGUGACCCGGGGUACUCUCUUCCUAACAUGCCGCUGCUGUUUGCGAUAGCCAUGGUUGGUGCUACUGUUGGAGGGCUCCUUGCGAGACAAAGGAAAGGGGAACUUAAAAAGCUUAAUGAUCAGCUACGUCAGAUAAAUGCUUCACUGAGAAGACAAGCCAAGAUCGAAUCUUAUGCUCCUGCUUUGAGCUAUGCACCGGCUGCUAGUAAGAUACCAGAAUCAGAAGUCAUUGUUGAUCCUCACAAACAGCGCCUGCUCGCAUAUCUGAGGACUGGGAAGAACUACCUGAGAAACCAAGCUCCAGACAAGGCAUUUUCCGAGUUUAAGGCAGCUCUUGAUCUUGCACAAUCUUUGGGUGAUCAUGUUGAAGAGAAGAAGGCGGCACGAGGAUUAGGAGCAUCAUUGCAAAGACAAGGAAAUUACAAGGAAGCAAUAAAGUACCACUCCAUGGUUCUCAGCAUCUCCAAGAUGACUGGAGAGGAUUCAGGUGUCACUGAGGCAUAUGGGGCAAUAGCCGAUUGCUACACCGAAGUUGGUGAGCUCGAGAAGGCAGGCAAGUUCUACGAUGAGUACAUUGCAAGAUUGGAGAAUGACUGA